UCAUGCUGCUGCCAGGUCCAGAGUCUCUCAUGGGUCCCUGUACGGCCUCCCAUUGCUGCUGUCUCCAUCGCCACACUCUGCCAUGUGCCACUUUCAGGUCUCCUCACACUGCUGGUGUGUUCCAUUUUUUUGUCAUAGGGUGCUGGCAGAUUACGGGCCUCCCAUAGCUGCUGCCAGGCCCCUAAUCUGCCAUGGGCCCCUAUACCGCCUCCUCAUGCUGCUGCCAGGUCCAGAGUCUCUCAUGGGUCCCUGUACGGCCUCCCAUUGCUGCUGUCUCCAUCGCCACACUCUGCCAUGUGCCACUUUCAGGUCUCCUCACACUGCUGGUGUGUUCAAUUUUUUG